UGGGACGUGCGUGUGUGGUACUUGCUUGUGCUUUGCCCGGGCAUCUUGUCCAGUCGGAACGCCAGGCCAAGACACUACGCCCAUUGGAGAGGGAGUCAAGCCUUUGGAGUGGGCUGUAAUCGGUUAGAUAGAAGGAGGAAUUUGCCAUCAAGAGCGAGAAGAGAGGAAGCAAGAUACGAUAAGGCGGUGUGCUAAUACGUGAAGCACUACACCAACAGGCAUCGUCUCGACUGCCUAUCUUAAUGCGGCCUCUCCAUGUGCUGGAAUUGCUUCAUGUGCUGGGAUUUCUUACAAUCUUGGGCGGGGCCGAUGGCUUUGUUUUCGGCGCUGCGAGCGCAAAGCCAGGUGUCCUGAGGUUGGGUGCUGCGAGGACUAACGACGGCGAUAGUAGCAAGAGCGGCGGGGCGAAAGCUAGAGAUUUGGCGGUGGCUUCUCGGCACUCAAGAUCGCCUCCUGCACAACCACUGCAGCAGACGCCGUGGCUUGCUGAUAUCAUGGCAUCGUGGUUCAAUCUUCCUUUGCGAAACACAUCACCUUCGGGUGGGACAAAGCGGAGGUCUACGCGCGACGACAUCCGGGCCGAUAUUCUAAAGCUCCGGGUAUCCAACGCCGAUCUCAGGGAAGAGGUACUCGCCCUGCGCAACUCCAUGGUCCAGCGCGGCUUUUUCCCUGUCGAUGAUGUCUUCGCGACCGCGACCGCGACCGCGACAGGAGGGACGCCUGCUUCGGGCAACGGGCAACAACCCCCGACAUCCGAAGGAGGCGACCCGAAGCCGCCGGCGAAGCUCCAGCGGGAGGCCCGCCUGGCUGCCCUUGUGGUGUUGUGGGGAGCGGCGGUUGCCCUCGGGGGAGUGUUCGUGCCCAUCGCCAUCGGGGUUGGGGCGGCGCGCUCGCUGCGCUGGCUGGACAACGGCGGCACGCUCGUGCCAAAGAGGUGGAGUCGCCCGCUUGGUAGAGGGUGGAGACGGGCGCGCGCUCUGAGCUUUGUGCCGGUGCUGGCGCGCCCGCCGAGGGACGGGGGUGGCGGUGGCGAGGGGCUGGUGACCGGAGAAGCUCUCGCCGAUGCCUGGGACGAGAUGUACCCUCCUCGGCAACGGUAGUGCUCGCGGCAUCGCCCUGACGUCGCGAGAGCCGUCGGUUUCGCUCGUCCUGAAAAGCCCAUGUCCACGUUGCGCUAGCAAUACAUAUUAGCGCUCUCUUUGUACAUACGAUGAUCCCACGUUUUGGGCGGUAAAGAAAAAGCGGCACGAUCAACGCUAUGCAACGAUGCGCGUCCACAGAGCGUCUCCGAGCGACUGUCUCGGUCUUCUGGUUUGUUGUAGUGCGGGGGGCGGGGUCGGCGCAAACGUGAGUCCGGGUCAAUUUCACGGGCUCGCCAGAGGACCAAUCAGGGUCAGCACGAGUUUCACCUGUCGUACCUGUCGACCAGACAUAUUGUUUUGUAUUUUAUUCUUGUGGGGACGCAUGUUGAUAGGGCGCCCGUUGGGCGAGUUUUCUAAACGGGUUUUGUACAAAUCAUAAGAUCAUAAGUCAUCGAUGUGUGGCGCGGACACAGCAGUAGCGUGGCCUUUGGACGGUUGUGAUCGAAUCACCGUAGCUCGUUCGUAUGCUAUAAUAACUUCUCCAGCAGCCAGCGCACCUGUAUACUACUAGUAGUACUUUAUGUGACUUGCGGAAAAUACUGGGGGGUUGUAGGGUUGGGUGUCUUGCCUGUGUCUGUCUUGUCUGUCUGUCUGCCCAUUGGGGCGUAGUGAGCGAAGCGAGCAAAACGGAACGCUGUUGCCGCGCAAUGAUUUCCACUCUUUCUUUUCACAUCCCACGGGAUGUCUAACGCAGCAGCAUACCGUCAGUACGUGUCAGAGCUUGGCUACACCCACGAGACAAAAAAUAUACCGGUAAGGCGCUGGCGGAACACGGGUGCAACAUAAGACGAGUGUUGCCGUAUAGUAUCAUAUCUGAGCAAGAUGGGGUCCGUUGUUUCUGUCGUGUUCAUGAGGGGCAUGAGCUUGUCGUUUUGGUAACGUUCACAUCGCGCGCAUGUGCAACGUCCUGGUGUGUAGUGCCUACUUACCUUACCGAUGUGUUUUUCAUUUUGUAUCUCGCCAUGUAGCUGUCUUGGAUGGUUGUGGUUGGAUGGUUGUUGAGAUGCUAUUUGGGGGAUCUCUCUUUUGGCGCUGUACCAGCUACGAGCGAGGAUGGCUCUUCUACUAUGUAGUAGGAAUUUUGUUAUUUCCAAAGGCUUAAUUUCCAUAUCUUGCAUUUUGUUUAGGCUCGCGAUGCCGCGGUCAGACAAGGGGCAAAAACUAUUGCGGGCUGGUGAAGAAGAGGUGGUCAAUGUU